AUGCGCUCAGCACGACGGACAACGACGCAAAGCAGUACGAAUGCGACCAGGGACUCGCAACUCCUGUCUCUUCUCGCGGCGAGACGAAGACAGCUGCUUACAGGGAGACUUACGACUCAUAUCAACAACCUCGCCGCGAUAGCCCAAAAACCCUAUAAAAGCAACACCACUUUCGCACAAUUGGAAAUUCGUGAUGCAAACAAUUCCGUCGUUAAAAGAGUUACAUUUGAUAAUUCAAGUAAUGAAGCCAUUGCGCCCACCUUGAAACUUGUCACCCAUGACGGUUUUAAAGAAACGCGACAAGACAUUAAACCUCAUGAAAUUAGACAUUUGUUUAUACCGAGGCUCUACCAGGACAGUAAGAGCAGAGGUGGUUUCCUUAAUAACCGAAGAAAUACCAAGAAUGCAGCAGAAGUAAAGACUGAAAGUACUUUAGUCUAUAUCCCACCAGAAAAGGGGGAAAACUUAGAUAAAGGCGUUGAAUUAGAUCCAGAAGAAGAAUUCCAAGUUGAUGAAUCUAAUCAUGGACUGUAUUUGUUAAACUACUCAGAUACCGACAAUGUAACGCAAAGCCCAUCUAUUAAUUUAAAUGAGACUAAAAAUAGUGCCGACAUUAAAAAUUCUACAAUGCUGGUUGUAGAAACAACGUCAAUAAAAAAUGAAGAAAAUGAUAAUACAACAACUCAAAUUAAUGACUCAGAAAAAGAAAAGGCCGAGUCAAAUGUCAUAGCUAAUAGCACCGACGUAAUAAAUACGAAACUUAUUAAAAUAGAUCCAGAUAAGAGUAAUCAAACGCUCUUUAUGUCCGAAGAGAUUUAUAAUCAUUUUAGACCACUUGAAACAGAGUUACCAGAUGAGGAAAUGGCACCAUUUAUUUAUUUCGGUCAAAAAAUAGGAGGCCAAAGUAUAAAUGAUAAUCUCACUAACUCACCAACGUUAUCGGCUUCUACCAAAUCAGUUAAUUUUAUAGUAGCACCAUCGGAAAAGAGAAAAUUUAAUUCUAGAUAUUCUGCUACUGAAAAGUAUAAAAACACAAGUGCUGGAGAAGAAGAAAUUAAUGAAGAUAUGGAUGUAUCCGUUGUCAAAAAUGUAAUAGAAAAGAACAAAAUACGCAAUACAGUUAAAGGCCCUGCUCCAGCACGGCACGUGGGUUUGGUUAACGCAUACCGAAAGUAUCCAAGUUCCACAUCUAAGCCUCAGGACAUAGAUCAGCCUAACAAUACAACCGACCCUGUAUUGGAAGAUCUAACAUUAAAUAAUACAAAUAAUGUGAAUCAAUUGAAUGAUACGCUAAUAUUAACUGAAAAUGUUAAUGAAACUCUGUCUAGUGAAAGUAACCGAACAACAACACCUCUUCCAAUUCGAAACUUUACUCGAAAUUAUUUUAACUUACGACGACGACCCUCCAAAAUCACUACGCUUUUAAGUACUGAAAGCAGCUUAAUUCCUGAAGUUAAUACAACCACAGAGAAGGCUUCCACCUCCGUCUAUACCGCUGUCGUUACAUCUGUUUCAAUUACAUCAUCUGUAAAAGGACAUAAUAAAACAGAUCCCCUAGUUACUGAGCCUGAAAAUAGUACUGCUAUUGAAAAUCUUGAUGAUAAUUCUAAUAUAACAGAUCAAAUUAUGAUAUUUUUUAAUGACACCGAGACGACACCAAUACCGACGACAACUACUACUACAACGACGACUACGACAAGUACUGCACUCCCUACAACAACAGUGACAUCGACAACGACUAAACCGCACAGAUAUAGAAUAAGAAUCAGAACUACAACGCCUGAGAAUCGCAUUCGUAACACGACUAUCACUUAUUCAUUCAAACCACUUGAGCCCGCAGCGACCAGUGAAAAGUAUAGCGGAGAUCUUAAAACGGAAUCCAGUACUUCGAAGAUAUCAGAGAGACUAGCAAAUCUCUUCCGACAAAACGAUUAUGAUAACGUCACGAAUGGUAUCACAGUACGGCCGAAAAAUAUUCUAAGGAGACGUAGACCAACGACAACUUCGACCACGUCAACGACUUCUAGCACUACCGUUAGACCCACUAUAGUCUUCUUUGAGGAAACAACGCUGCCUCUUAGUGCUUCUACAUUCUCUCCAAUAACUACCCCAACAAUUAAUCCGGAAACGACUUCUUUAAAAACAUUAGUAGUAACUUCUAAAUCAUCUACCGGUUCCAAAACUCUUCCUCUCUCCAACAAUACUGUAAUAGAUCACAAAACAGUGCUUAAUCUCACUCGAGUGAAAAACGAUACAAAUGACAUCCAAAAUGAAGUUGUUAUAGAAGCUGAAAAGACAUACACGGCGUCUUACGUGUUGGCCGGUCUGGGUUUUCUUCCAGUGAUAGCUGUAGUGGGUUUUGUUUUGCGAAACAUUCUUAACAAGAAAACGAAGGAGAUCGAUACAGACUACGAGGGUUACUUCGACGAUGGAGGUGAUGUUAAAAAAGAGUCUCAAAUCACGCCCGUGGCCCGACCACCUCUACCUACGCCUACGAAACCUGACCAAAAGUGGGAGUUCCCUAGAAAUAAACUGAGGCUGCAGACUUUAUUGGGUCAAGGGAAUUUCGGGCAGGUGUGGAAAGCUGAAGCGGAUGACCUAAAUGGUCAUGACGGAUUGACUAGACUAGUAGCCGUGAAAACCAUUAAAGAAUCUGCUUCGCAAAAGGAGAAACAAGAGCUUCUACAUGAGAUAUACAUCAUGCAAAAGAUAGGGACACAUCCUAAUGUUGUAACUCUUCUCGCUUGUUGUACAGAACAAGAACCCUAUCUCUUGAUUAUGGAGUAUGUAAUGUGUGGUAAGCUCCUUACUUACCUGCGGGAGCGUCGAUCAAGACCAGAUAGAUUCAGUGGCAGUGGUGCGAUUACUUCGAGAGAUCUCACUGUCUUCGCCUAUUGUGUUGCGAGAGGAAUGGACUACAUCGCGUCUAAAGGAAUCGUACAUCGAGAUCUAGCAGCGAGAAACGUUCUAGUGGAUCACAAUAAGCUUUGCAAAAUUGCUGACUUCGGAAUGUCGCGUUGCGCCGGCGCAUCUGCUCGGACAUCGCGCGGAGCUCUGCCUGUGAGAUGGAUGGCCCCAGAAGCAUUACUGUAUAACGUGUAUAGCCACCACACAGAUGUAUGGGCUUUCGGGAUUACUCUGUGGGAGAUAGUGACGCUAGGUUCAACGCCAUACGCUGCCAUGUCUGGGCGUGAAGUACUUACAGCUGUAACCGAAGGCUACCGGCUGGAGCGACCACCACACUGCAAACCUCAACUGUACCGCGCAAUGCAUUCCUGCUGGCACGCGGAUCCGAACCAACGACCCUCGUUCGCAGAACUCAAGUCGCAGCUAGCAGAUCUCUUAGACAAUGAGCCGUCGGAGGGAAACUAUGUAGACUUGGAUUCGUUCUAUCAGGAAUCUUCAGUUUAUAGUGAUCCAUCAGCUAUUAUCAACGAUGAUGAUGGAUUGUCAGCUGAAUAUGAUAGAGAGAGGCGGGUGUUUAGAGAAUUAAAAAACGGCCCAGCUAAAUUCGAUAACCGAGCGUUCAGCCUACGAGACGAAGAGAUGAGGAACAAGUUCGGUAUCGGUACACCCCGGAUGGGGGGGUUCGGCAUCCGUGACCUCCCCUUCGACCGCAACUUUUCCGACGGCGAUUUCAACGAUAGAAAUUUCCCCGACAACAAUUUCCCCGAACGAAAUUUCCCAGACAAUAACUUUAACGAUCCUAACUUCGAACGCAAAGAGGGUAAACUAUCUACGUCCAGUUUCCACAGGGAUAGGGAGAGGGAGAACCCGCUCGUCAGUAGGAAUAGUUUCAACGGUUUUCCCCGGAUCAAUCAGCACUUCCAAAUGACCCCGGAUGGGAGGAAUAAAAGAGUCUCCGAGUUUGAGUGUGAUAUCUGA